UCAACCUCCUGCGCCCGGCACCCAAGAAACACUGGGGACCACUUUCUAGAUGCUGUUUGGGAGCUUUGGAUCUCCGGUUUCGGAUUGCCUCUGGGGACUUUGCUAAUCCGUCCGUCAGGCGUCCCCUUUUCCGUCUCUCUUCUCUGCCUUCCACCCCCAAAGAGCCUCUUCAGUUCAUCUCUUUCCCACUACCACCGUUGCCUAUCUUUGCCUUGAGGAAAGCCCAGGAUGGGGGUCGGUGGGUGUUUAGUCCUGCCCUGGCGGUGCCUGGUCGUCCUGUCUCUCAGGCUCCUCUUCCUUGUGCCCGCAGGAGUGCCAGUGCGCAGCGGAGAUGCCACCUUCCCCAAGGCGAUGGACAACGUGACCGUCAAGCAAGGAGAGAGCGCCACCCUCAGGUGUACCGUGGAUGACAGGGUGACGCGAGUAGCUUGGCUGAACCGCAGCACUAUCCUUUAUGCUGGAAAUGAUAAGUGGUCAAUAGAUGAUCGGGUGGUUAUCCUCACAAACACCAAAACCCAGUACAGUAUCAAGAUCCAUAACGUGGACAUAUAUGACGAAGGCCCUUACACCUGCUCCGUACAAACAGACAAUCAUCCAAAGACAUCACGAGUUCAUCUUAUUGUGCAAGUUCCUCCACAGAUUAUAAACAUCACGUCAGACAUCACCGUCAAUGAAGGCAGCAGCGUCACCCUUUUGUGCUUGGCCUUUGGGAGACCAGAACCAACAGUCACAUGGAAGCACCUGUCUGGCAGCAAAGGUCAGGGAUUUAUGAGUGAUGAUGAGUACUUAGAGAUCACGGGGAUCACCAGGGACCAAUCUGGGGAGUAUGAAUGCAGCGCUGUUAAUGAUGUCGCCGCACCUGAUAUCCGGAGAGUCAAAGUCACCGUAAACUAUCCUCCGUCCAUCUCCAAUGCCAAGAACACAGGUGUCUCAGUUGGCCAGAGGGGGACCCUGCGCUGCGAAGCCUCAGCUGUCCCUGUAGCGGAAUUUCAGUGGUUUAAAGAAGAAACCAGAUUAGCCAAUGGGCUGGAUGGCGUGAGAAUUGAGAACAAAGGCCGGAUGUCCACACUAACCUUCUUCAAUGUAUCAGAGAAGGAUUAUGGCAACUACACCUGUGUGGCCAUCAACAAGCUGGGAAACACCAAUGCCAGUAUAAUCCUGUAUGAGAUAAGUGAAUCUCCACCACUAGCAGGCCCAGGAGCAGUCCACGAUGGCAACAAUGCAGCUUCCAGAGCGAUGGCUUGCCUCUGGCUAUCAGGCACCCUCUUUGCUCAUUUCCUCCUCAAGUUUUGAUAAGAAAAGUGAGGGUCCGUGCAGAUGACGCCUGGCUUCUCCCACACCACAGACUUUUAA